AUGCCGCCUUCAUAUCAACAAGCGACUACAGUAUCCGAAGACACUAUAUUCCACGAGACAUCGCCUCUUCUAUGCAUCUGUGGGCCUCACCAGGGCUGUUGCCGCGAGCAUCCUUCAAUACGUUCGCCCAAUCGCCGUCUCCGCGAGCAUCCAUGUAUCUAUCACCGAUCUAAGCAAUCUACACCGACGGAAGUGUCUCUGCGAAGGGCAGAAACUGGAGAUGACAAGGCUGAGGAUUUGUUGAUUGGCUUGCAAUCUGCCCUCACGCUCGAGCCUAUACAUUCUGUCAUGGCCUACCACCUCUCCUCGAAUCACCUAGCUUGCAUCCAUGGCCGACUCGGCCCUGGCACAAAGAGGGCUUUUAUUCCCAAAUUAUCGUUUAAGGAUACAUGCACCUCCGAGAACGGCACGACUUACAUUUGGACCAGCGAGAUCUAUUUCAAUAAGGGCGACUUCUUGCAAAAACAGGAAUUAGUCUGCUACCAAAGUCGGAGCGAUGACAAUCGACCACAAUCCUUCACUGCCUGCCCACAUCAGAGCUUGACAAUUUCUGCGCCGAAAUUCGCGACUAAAAAUGGCAUGGUCGAGGUAUCAGCACAGAUCACGAACUAUCCACCGCGGUGUACGUCCCAUGACAGCGAGCAGUGGAGUAAUUUUGAUGGACAAUAUGCUCAGGUCGUUGGUUGCACAAUAUGCCACUCAGACGCUGAGUGCACAUUAGAGCUUUACGACCGCAGUCUGCUCACCACAUACACGUGCUACAAAGACCUUGGACCAGGGGUGGACUCACAGAAUUCUAAAUGGAUUGCUUUGCUCACAGGCCUGGGCAGCCCCGAGAGAAAGGAAUACGAGCUGGAUGUAUAUGAGCGAGUGUGGAAUACGGCCAAGACCUUGCGGCGUUGUGGGCUACAUAGAGUCACCCACCAGACGCCAAAUGGAGUUUUCAAUGUAGGGAAAAGGUCUCAUUAG